UUUUUUUACUAUUUUGUCCUCUUUUUUUUCAUCAAUUUUUUACAGCUUUCCUCAUCUUCAAACAAACAAAAAAAUUUUAUAUGCGUAAAGAUGUGACAGUCCCAAAAAUACUGGUUUUUUACUUUCCUAUCGAGGACUUUCUACACAUCAUUGUUGUUAUUGUUCAUUGUUUCCCGCCUAAUCUCUCCACGACUCCACACUUUCCCACGUUUUUUGUAUAGUUUUUUUUAACUUUUUUAAAACUAUUUUUCUAUUUUUUAUUUGGUUUUGUAUACAUUUAGUUUUAUUUUGUUAAAUUUUUUGGUUUAAAAGCAUUUGGUCAUAAAUUUUAUUUAGAUUGAACCUUUUAAAUAAAGCCAUAUGUUAUGUGGUCAUUGGCCACAAAUUCCUUGAUGGUUUUUAUUACACUUUAUUAAACUCCCCAAAUAUCUAACAUAAUAUUGGGGUCUUUCUUUUAACAAAAAGCGUAGAAAUAAGCAGUUUUAUCUCAAAAUUCUCUAUUCUCAACGACUUUAACAAAGUUCCUUUUUUAUUUUCGCUUUCACUAUCAUUCGCUCAAUCAUUCUUGUCAUUUUUUUAUCAUUUUUAUAAUUAUCAUCAUAUAUUAUUAGUUCAGGAUAUACUCAACUAUCUCUCCAGUUCACUGCGUGUGUUAAACAAAUAUUUUUCUAGGAGUUGAUCUUUUGAAUAUUGCAGUUAGCUAGUACCCGUUGUUUUUCUAACAAAUCCCGCGCCCAUUUAGUAGAAGAAACUCGCUGGCAAAUAAUAAAGAAAACAAAAAAGCAUUAAGUGAAAAGGGAAAAGCAUUCCCCACAAAUCCGAUAUCCAUAAGUUUUUUUAUUCUGCGUUCUAAUUCUUGCAUCAUAAUUGACACUUCAUUCCAAAAUUUUGCUUUCUUGCUAAUUAUUUUUUUCCGUUUCCUCAUUAUCAGAGUCACCCCAAAAUACCUACAAAUUUUUAAAGCGAAUAUCGAAGGAUUUAGAGGGAUUAUGGGGGAUAAAUACACUAUUCAAUGAAGUUAAGUACCCGGUCUGCAUUUUAGAACCAAUGUUACCGCUAUCAUAACUAUGGGUGGGUUCUCUAUCCCCUUCAAUCACACUAAAUCCAUCGAUAUCCGCUUAAUCCCUCCAAAUCCCUCGAUAUUUCCUUUUGAUAUUCUCUUUCAAAAGUUGUAGGUCUUUAGGAUUGACACCCAUUAUCAACCUAAAAAUCCCCAUUUUUGACACCCAUGUAAAUAUUAUUCACAUACUUAUGACCCUGUUUCACCUAAAAAAAUUUUAUUGCCAUUGAUCGCCACGAUUAUUCUUUUUUAAAUAAAAUACGUGUGGAAAGAAUUGGCUCUUUUUUCUCGUACAAAACGAAUACAAUGCUUUCCUUUGCUUAUCUUUGUUCCCUAAAAUUUUAAAUUAGUUUUUGGUCCUAUAACAAGAGAAAUGAACAAUAAGUAGACUUUUCGGGGCAUUUCUGAAGAAAAAUUGAAAUUUUCAAAUAAAUCAAUUCGUUUGGCAUUCGAUUUCUUUUCGUUCACAAUGCCAAAAAUUUUACUAUAAAAGAGAUUAAACUUUUUCAUUUGAAACUUAUCUGUCUUCGGUCCUAAUUUUUCAUUUAUUGAUUUAUUUAAUUUUGCGAGAUAAUGAGUUUUUCAAAUUUCUAAAUUUUUCUAAUUAAGCAACUCGUUAACACUCACUCGUGUUCUAAACAAUAACAAUAUGCCAGAUUGUCCUACUUGUAACCGCCCAGUCUAUUUUGCCGAACGUGUUACUUCCAUUGGGAAGGACUGGCAUCGACCAUGCCUUCGCUGCUACAAUCAAGCAUGUAAGAAGACGCUCUCCGCUGGUGGUCAUUCUGAACACGAAGGCAAGCCUUAUUGCAAUCGCUGCUAUGGAGCAUUGUUCGGACCUCGCGGCUACGGUCAUGGUGGAGUUGAGUCGCACGUCUUCUUGGGCGGUACUACUGGAGGUACGAGGGCUUCAGUAACAGGCCAAUAA